AUGCCCCCCAGGAACAGAGGGCGGCCGACCUUGGGCCAUGGCCUGGAUAAAGAGAUCUAUCAGAUUGUGCGCAAAUUCGCAGACGACCAGCAGGCCGAAAAUGGGCGCCCUCGUCUUUCUACCUACACGAUUUACGACUCGAUUAAGAAGUCGAACUCAAGCUUGAACCGCAAGCCUAAGAAACUGCUGGAAGAUAGCAUUGAGCGUGUCCUCGAGGUCUUCCAAAGCGACAUUCUUGGCGAUCACGAGUCUGACUCGGUGAAUGGAGACUUUGAGGGCUUGGAGGAUGACAAAGUGGAGGAAAAACAAGAAUCGAAUAAUUUGAACCGGAGUAUCGUCAGCGCUUGGUCAACGUCUACGAAACCCGCCGCUGCUGCCCGCAAAGGAAACGAGGAUGGCGUAUCUGAAUCGGCUACAUCUGCGAAUAAAAGACGUCAUCAUGCAAACGAAUCAGCUCCUAAACGCCGGAAAGCCGAUCACCCCAUAGACAAGUCACCUCCGACGCACGUCAGCCUCGCAGACUUGGGUGGUAUGGACGAAGUGCUACAGGAAUUGGGCGACCUGAUCAUUCUCCCCAUGACACGUCCUCAGAUUUUUACAACGUCCAAGGUUCAACCUCCACGAGGUGUACUCUUGCAUGGUCCGCCAGGUUGCGGAAAGACCAUGCUUGCGAAUGCCUUUGCCGCCGACCUGGGCGUCCCCUUCAUCUCAAUAUCUGCGCCCUCGGUCGUCUCGGGUAUGUCUGGUGAGUCGGAAAAGGCGCUUCGCGAACACUUUGACGAGGCCAAAAAGGUGGCUCCAUGUCUGAUAUUCAUCGAUGAGAUCGACGCCAUUACUCCAAAGCGAGAAAGCGCCCAGCGAGAAAUGGAAAAACGCAUUGUCGCCCAGCUCUUGACUUGUAUGGACGAUCUUGCAUUGGAAAAAACCGACGGCAAGCCCGUCAUCGUCAUGGCUGCAACGAACAGGCCAGAUAGCUUGGACCCUGCUCUACGUCGCGGAGGCCGAUUCGACAAGGAAAUCAACUUGACGGUGCCUUCAGAGCCCGUGCGCGAGCAGAUUCUUCGUUCGCUUACACGCAAAACGCAGCUUUCAGACGAUCUCGACUUCAAAACACUUGCCAAGCGCACAGCAGGCUUUGUGGGUGCUGAUUUGAACGAUCUGGUAUCUACUGCAGGAGCGGCUGCGAUCAAGCGCUAUCUAGAAAUCCUACGGUUAAAUACAGGUGAAGAGAUGGAAAUCGAGGGCGAGGCAGAAGAAGACGUCACGCUCAAAGUGAAGGAAAUCCGACGACUUAUCAAACACGCCAAGGAGGCGCCGAUUGGCGAUGAAGCAAAUCCUGUCAUGGUAUCCAAUGCAGACUUUUUCACAGCACUCCCCAAGAUACAGCCGUCAUCGAAACGUGAAGGUUUCGCCACGAUACCGGACACGACAUGGGCUGACAUUGGCGCUCUUGGUGGAAUCCGUGACGAACUUGUCACAGCGAUUGUGGAACCGAUCAAGAAUCCCGAAGUCUACGCAAAAGUUGGUAUCACAGCACCCACUGGUGUUCUGCUCUGGGGCCCCCCUGGAUGCGGUAAGACUCUACUGGCCAAAGCAGUGGCCAAUGAGUCUCGCGCGAAUUUUAUUAGCGUGAAGGGACCCGAGUUGCUGAACAAAUACGUCGGUGAAUCCGAACGUGCUGUUCGCCAGGUCUUUGUCCGGGCUCGGUCGUCUAUACCUUGUGUGAUAUUCUUUGACGAACUCGAUGCCCUUGUUCCUCGCCGUGAUGACGCGUUAUCGGAAAGCUCCGCCAGAGUUGUAAACACUCUUCUAACCGAACUCGACGGUCUGGGGAGCGCCCGACAAGGGAUUUACAUCAUCGCCGCCACGAAUCGCCCAGACAUCAUCGAUCCCGCCAUGCUACGUCCUGGCCGUCUAGAGACGCUACUAUUUGUCAACCUCCCCGGCCCCGAGGAGCGGGUUGAUAUUCUCCAGACUCUGAUCCGGACUCUGCCGAUCGAGACCUCGGAAGAGUUGCGUGCGCUGGCAGUGAGUUGCGAGGGUUAUAGCGGUGCAGACUUGGGCAGUCUUCUUCGCCGAGCCGGCUAUGCAGCCAUCAAGAGGAGGGACAUGAUCAAACUUGAAGAUUUUGUGGCCGCCAAGGAGCAUGUUCGUCCGAGUGUGACGGAUUUGAGAAAGUAUGAAAAACUACGAAGGGAUUGGAGCGGUGGUGUGCUGUAG